AAUACACGCCUUCACCCGACCUCUUAAACGUCGCCGUUGAUCAGUGUUUUGGGUUUGCAGAGCUAGAGACUGAACAGCAAGGAAAGAUUAGUGCUGAUGUUAUAGUGAAUGUGCGGACUGAGCUGAAUGUAGCAAUGGACAAAGGGACAAAAAAGGAUGUUCUUGUUAUAGCAGUGACUGCACAUGAUCCCAAUCAGGAUGAUGACCUUAAUGCACAAGAGGCAGUGGACACUGCUCCUGAUGUCUCAGUACAGCUGUCAGUCAAGCGAAAGGAGAAAUUUGAAGUUCUUGGAAGGAAUGUGGGUUGGUGGUUGUAUGUACGACGUGUUGACAAUGAAGAAAAAGGUUACAUUCCAAGCACUUGUGUUGUGCCUCUGAAGGAUGAUUUAACCCAUGAAGAGGAAGAAGAGCUCAGCCACAAUGUUGAACUAACUGCAGACUUGAUCAAUCCAGAGGUUGAUUUGAAGUUUUUUCCAGCUGCUCCUGUUGACAAAGAUGUUACAAACAGGGGUGUUUGUCCAGAGAAAAAUGCAAACAUAUUUUCAAAACUUACAUUUUGGUGGCUCAAUGGGUUGAUCUAUCAAGGGUUUAAGAGGCCUCUGGUCAAUGAUGAUUUAUGGGCAUUAAGCAAAAGGAACAAGUCUGUGAACAUUGUGCCUAAGUUUAUGGAGAAGUGGGCCAAGGAAGAGAAGCGAUGUGCAAUUGGGAAAAGAUGUCCAUUAGAAGAACAACAGGAGCAGGAGAAGGCUAAGUUGAAUGAGGAAAAUGAUGAAACUAAAGUUGAGUUUGUUCCUAAGAAUGAUGAGGAGCAGUCAAAGGAUAAGAAAACUGACAAAAAGAGACCUUCAUUGAUCAGAGCCAUGGUUUAUCAAUUUGGACCUCAGUUUUUGAUUGGAAUGAUUCUCAAACUUAUCUAUGAUGUUAUUCAGUUCAUUCAACCACAACUUGUAAACUUAUUGGUCUCUUAUGUGGCAGAUAAAACCAUUCCUAGCAAUGAAAAGUGGAAGGGUUACAUUUAUGCUUUUUCCAUGUUCCUUGUGUCAGCUGUCAUGUCUCUUAUCAUCCAUCAGUAUUGGCAAAUUGUUUUUGUCCUCGGUAUGAGGAUACGAACUGCAAUCAUAGGAAUGGUGUACGCAAAGGCACUAGCACUGAACAGCAAGGCACGAAUGGAGUCUACUGCUGGUGAGAUGGUAAAUCUGAUGUCGGUUGAUGCCCAGCGCCUGAUGGACCUAGUAACUUAUUUGAAUGUUCUGUGGUCGUCACCUCUUGUGAUUGUGAUAGCGAUGUAUUUUUUGUUUGACGUGAUGGGCCCUUCCACUCUGGCGGGUGUAGGAGUGUUGAUCCUGUUGGUGCCGUUUAAUCUCGUUGUGACCAAGAUCGCCCGAAAACUUCAGGUGAAGCAAAUGGAAGCCAAAGACUCGCGUAUCAAGAUCAUUAAUGAAAUCAUAGCUGGAGUCAAGGUUCUAAAGUUGUAUGCCUGGGAAAAAUCGUUCAUGAGCAAAGUUUUCAACAUUCGUAAGAAGGAGUUGAAACAACUAAAGAAUGCUGCUUACUUGAAUGCAACGUUUGCUUUCACCUUCACAUGUGCUCCAUUUAUGGUUGCUCUUGCGACAUUCGCCAUCUAUGUCCUAACGGGAAACGAGUUGACAGCCAACAAGGCAUUUGUUGCUCUGUCACUAUUCAAUAUCCUAAGAUAUCCCAUUACAAUGUUCCCGAAUGUCAUUAUCAGCACGAUACAGGGAAAGGUGUCUGUUGACAGGCUAACACACUUUCUAAAUCUGGAAGAGCUGGAUACAACCAACGUAGAAAAGACAAUGCCUGAGCAUAUCAGUUCACAAGCGAUUCAUGUCGAAGAAGGCAGUUUCGGUUGGGAUAAAGAGGAAACUCCUUUCUUAUCAAACAUCAAUAUCAAUAUUCCCAGUGGUUCACUCGUGGCUGUUGUUGGUCACGUGGGAUGUGGUAAAACUACCUUGCUCUCCGCUCUUCUUGGUGAGACAGAAAAGUUAUCCGGAAAAGUGUAUGUCAAAGGCUCUGUGGCAUAUGUUCCCCAGCAGGCCUGGAUACAAAAUGCAACACUGAGGGACAAUAUCCUUUUUGGACGAAGUUUUGAUCCUAAACGCUACUGCAAGACCAUCAGCACUUGUGCUCUGAGGACCGACCUGGAUAUUUUACCCGGGGGAGACAUGACAGAGAUUGGGGAAAAGGGUAUAAAUCUGAGUGGAGGGCAAAAACAACGUAUAAGUCUUGCGCGUUCUGUGUACUUUGAUGCUGAUGUUUACUUGUUGGACGAUCCACUCAGUGCUGUGGACUCACAUGUUGGAAAACACAUAUUUGAUAAAGUUAUCGGACCAAGGGGAAAACUCAGAAAGAAGACUCGCGUCUUUGUUACCCAUGGGGUUGGCUUCCUUCCCCAAGUGGAUCAGAUCAUUGUUUUGCAAGAUGGAAGAAUAUCUGAGGUUGGAACGUAUUCAGAACUUCUUGCAAACGAGGGAGCCUUUUCUGAGUUUCUCAAGACAUUCGCGGCGGAACAGAAUGUGGAGGAGGAUGUGGCAGAGACACAACCCAGAACGGAACCCACGAUAAAAGAAGAAGCAGAAGGUGUAGAUGAGAUAGAUGUCAGGUUUCAACGCUUAGAUAGUCGUUUAGAGAGGCAGGAUAGUCGACUGGAGCGAAUGGACAGUCAAAUGGAAGGCCCAGUUUUCCGGAGGAAGCGAGCAGAUAGCGUGUCUGUUGUCACGGUUGACACGGCCGAUUUGGAUUGUACAUUCACGAGACCCGAUGAGGACGUAGAAGACAAGAUUAUCGAAGAAGAGAAAUCCGCAACUGGACGGGUCAAAUUUGCAGUGUUCUGGGCCUACGCAAAGUCAGUCAAAGUCUACUUGGCAUUCAGCAUACUAUUGUCUGUAGUCCUAGCAGAAGCUAGUUCAGUUUCUUCAGGAAUUUGGCUCGCCCGCUGGAGUUCAAGCAAUGUCACUUCAGACAAAGAGCGUGACAUGUACCUGGGAGUUUAUGGCGGUCUUGGCUUUUUACAAGCUGCCAGCACACUCAUUUCAUCCUUGUGCCUGGCUGUUGGAUCGAAAAUUGCGUCACGCAAUCUGCAUCAUACUCUUCUUGAGAAUGUCUUGCACUCCCCCAUGUCAUUUUUUGAGACCACUCCCCUGGGGAGGAUCGUGAACCGCUUCUCUAAGGAUAUCAGCACAAUCGAUGAUAAGGUUCCCAUGACUCUGAUUAUGUUCUUGCGAACGUUCUGUGGCGUUCUGGGAACCAUCGCUGCCAUUAGCUUCGCGACUCCAAUUUUUCUGGUCGUAAUCCUGCCCCUUGGUUUUGUCUACUUUUUCAUUCAGAGAGUAUAUGUGGCCACUUCACGACAGCUUAAGAGAAUCGAGUCCGUGACUCGAUCACCAAUCUUCAAUAACUUCUUUGAGUCGAUCAACGGAGCUAGCACCAUCCGAGCAUUUGCCCAACAACAGCGCUUAAUCCGGGAAAACUACCAUAGAGUUGACGAAAAUCAUGUGGCUUACUUUCCGGGAACUACAGCCAAUAGGUGGCUUGCCCUGCGUCUGGAGUUUCUCGGCAAUCUGAUCAUCCUCUUUGCCGGGCUGUUUGCUGUAAUUAGUCGUGACUCGAUCGAAAGUGGCCUUGUGGGAUUGUCCAUCACCUAUGCUUUGCAGAUUACUAACACCCUGAACUGGAUGGUACGAAUGAGCAGUGAGCUUGAAACUAAUAUUGUGUCUGUUGAGCGGGUCAAGGAAUAUUCAGAAGCACCAACUGAGGCUGAGUGGAUUAUCCCAGACAACCGGCCCCCAGAUAACUGGCCUGAUGCUGGAAACAUUGUCAUUGAAGACUUUGACUUAAAAUACAGAGAAGGAUUACCUCUGGUAUUGAAACAGAUCAACUGCGAUAUUCAACCAGGAGAAAAGAUUGGUAUCGUGGGUCGCACUGGAGCUGGAAAGUCAACUCUUACCUUAGCAUUGUUUCGUAUUCUCGAGAGAGCUGGUGGACGGAUUCUUAUCGAUGGAGUUGAUAUCUCCAAGAUUGGACUGCAGGAUCUGCGGUCACGACUCACCAUCAUUCCCCAGGAUCCUGUGUUGUUUUCCGGGACUCUUCGUCUAAACCUGGAUCCAUUUGACAGCCACACGGAUGAAGAACUCUGGAAAAUCCUCGAAUUGAGCCAUUUGAAGAACUUCGUCUCAGGCUUGGAGGAAGGGCUUCUUUAUCCUGUCAGUGAAGAAGGAAGUAACCUAAGUGUUGGUCAGCGGCAGUUGGUGUGUUUAGCGCGUGCGCUACUUCGUAAAAGUAAGGUUCUGGUCUUGGACGAAGCCACGGCUGCGGUGGACUUGGAAACUGAUGAACUCAUUCAGCAAACGAUUAGGCGUGAGUUCGCUGACCGCACAGUGUUCACCAUUGCUCAUAGGCUCAACACCAUUAUGGACUAUACCAGGAUCAUGGUUCUGGACAAAGGUUUCGUGGUGGAGUUCGACAGUCCUGAGAACCUCUUGACCCAGAGGGGGAUAUUUUAUUCCAUGGCACAAGACGCUGGAUUAGCUUAAUUUUCUUAUUUUAAGCCUUCUUAUGAGUAGUUAGUUGCAGUAAAUGUGAUAGGCGACAGGAUCGGUUUCAAAGCAAGCCUCAAGUAACAAGGGGAACCAUAGAGAAGCCCAACCUUUCGAAGUUCGCCCAAGAGAUUUUUCUUAGGCAUUUUGCUCCUCGCCUUAAAGCCUCGCUUUUGGUUUUUUAGUUCGUUUUUAAACAUGUAACAUUGCAAUCUAGAUUUGGGCAAACGCUGCCACAAGGGAACGUAAAGGCUACAAAAUGUACUGCGAGGUAUGAUCAGUUAGCCUUUAAGUAAAGCUUGUUAUAGCUAGCCUCGAUGCAUUUUUUACCGUAAUAGUUUUUCUGCACGUUGCAAGCUAAGAGAUCCUGCAAGCUUCAGAUCUUCUGCUAAUCGUUUUUAAGGAAGCUUAAGCCAUUUUGUACUUGAUUCAAAAAAAGAGCGUCCGCUUAUGCAUAAUUUUAUGUUUAAAGUUUCUUUUGCUGUUCUGAUAGAGAACACCCGUUCACCAGUCAUCAGUAAAAGGUCUCGAGGUUAUCUCCACUCCUGAAAUAUUGUACAAAGACCAUCCAAUUUUUAUUCCAAAUUCCUACUCUUAUUUUUGAAAAGGAAAGAUAACGUUCUUCUUUCUCAUAGUUCAUAACCAACUCUCUCUUUACAAUGUUUUCUCUAUAUGUUCCAAAAGCUUUCACAUUUUGAUGCAUAUGGUUAAAAUCUCUCAACGGGUUGAUAAUUCUUUGAGGGGGUCAAUGAAAGCUAGAUCAUAUAGAUAGUUUUUUAACCUGCAGUUGACUCGUGAUUUGUUUAUUGGUUAGCUUUGUUCUGGAAUAUAUUAUAGCCUCUAUUUCCAAAUUAUUUAUUCAGAUUCAAUUUGCACUGUCGUGGGUGUAGCUAGAAAAAUAAUAAAAUAACAAGCACUGGUUA